UCAAAUAACGUCCCCUGACUUCAUCCCAACGGCCCAAGACGGGAACAGGGACAGCAAUGAAAUAUUACGCAGCUUUAUGUAUAUUCAUAUCUUCUUUUGCAGUUGGAAAAUGUAUCGUAUGGGACACACAAGGCUAUGUGAUUUACUGUCCCUGCAUGGGGAGAUUUGGAAAUCAAGCUGAACAUUUCCUAGGAAGCUUAGGAUUUGCCAAACAAAUCAACAGAACAUUGAUACUUCCACCUUGGCGAUCUUAUGCUGCUGUAGUUGCAGCAAUGUCUGCCCCGAAUUUAACCGCCAAUAAUCAAGCUGAAAACAAUGAGGCCCGUCAAUAAAGACAAACCACCUCUGUGAAAGCCCCUUGUUAAAUUGAUGUAUGUAUGAAUGCAAUCUCUGAUGAUUUCAAACUUUGGGUACAACAAUGGCAAAUUAUGAAGUCGCUACUGGCCUCAGUAAUUACCCUCCUGCUGUUAGAAAAGCCACGUUUUUGGCCUACAUACAUCAGAUGCCUUGAAAGUUUACAACACGUUCACAUUUGAAGAUGAUGAUUACACCAUUGAAGAUAUUACUGAACAAUAACCUUCAAAAUAUUGUAUUCUUUUGAUGAUUCCUUGAAGAUUUUCCAUAAAAUAUAGUUCCGAAUAUAGUAUACUUAUUUAUAUAUCAUAAGUGAAUUUUGUCAAACAUCUAAACGUGUGUAUAAUAAUGUAUUCUUUAUCAACACAAAAACAUAAACUCUGUUUGUUUAACACUAAAAGUACAUUAACUAAGAAAAUAGGAAACAUGGUUUGGUUAUAUCACAACAAAAAGACUUUUAUCUUUUGGAGAUCGAUCUUUUACCGUCCAGGCACCGAAAUUAUGGAAUUCUUUACCUUUUAAUAUAAGAUGCUGCACAAAUUUAAUCUCUUUUAAGUCACUUCUUAAACAUUUUUGUUUAAGAAAGCCUUUAACUUAUAAUUAUUUUAUAACCUAUUUGUGAUAUCAGAUUUUAUUCUACGCUACCGUGUUAUGUUUUACUUCUAUAGAUUUAUUUACUUUUCCUAUAUGUAUAUUUAUUUUUAUUACAUAUUUUUAUUGAAUUGUAUUGUACAGCGCAUCUGAACACGUUUUGUGGAAGAUAGCACUCUAUAAAUGUUAAUAAUAAUAAUAAUAAUAAAUGAAUAUGAAAUGUCUUGGAAUGAUUUACGUAUGUAUACUUAUGAGAAAUAAUCACAAUGAACUGAAUUUCGAUCAUCCUGUCAGCUUCAUAUUGAACUGUAGCCUAUUUUUUUUAUUAAUUAAUGAGUGAGUUGAAUUCUGACAAAAUUCAAGUUCAUGUAAUUUCUGUGAACUAUAUUCAUUUUAUUAAUUAGUGAGUGAGUUGAAUUCUGAUAACAAUCAAUUUAAGUGAACUAUAUUAAUAAUGACUGGGCCCUGCCUCAUUAACGCUUUUAAUCCGUUUUUAACCCAUCAAAGAGUGCCUCGGUCGACUUUCCAAAUUCUGGUGAGUCGGCGAUAUGGGAAGACCCCGUCCUGGCUUGUGUCGAGUGGACGUUAAACUCUCUCUCUCCAAUUAAAACAGCACGCUCGAUACCGAUCAUUCACAAAUUGGCACAAGAUCGUCUUCAUUACCCCGGUUGGUACAGAAAAGUAGGACUUUAAACCCAAAUACAUUUCAUUCCAACCACCGUUUACUAGGUUAUCUUUCUUUUAUGAAUUGCCAACGGUGUGUAAAGCUGACUAAUUACACAUCGGUUAAACGACACACUCACGGAGUAGAAAUUAUCUUAAAUCUUAAAUAGUUGUUCUAUUACAACACAACAAUUAAGCUGAGAUUAUGUUAAUUAAAGUAGCGUGAAUGUAUAUUGAACAGUUUUGCCUACAGACCAGUCCCGUGGAUAAUUUGUAAAUAUGUUGUAUAUGUUUUAUUUUUCUAUUAUGUCUUUGUUUAUGUUUUUUCUUUUUCAUUGAUGAAUGUAAUUAUCCACCAACCCAACAGUUACCAAUGUCCAAAUACUCUCAAUUUGUGUACUAUUCGAACGCAAGGUAAUCGUCGAUUCGCCAUAUCUCCUCCACCAAAUUAUUUUCAAUAUAUUUAUAAUUAGUAAUACUUUUGGAAGACUGGUGGCGACGGUUUAUUCCCACGGUUCAUUCCCAUAUCGCCGACUCGCCGAGUUUUAGGGGGAAAAUUUGGGUCGGUGUUAAGGGGUUGAGUGGCCAAGAACAAUAGACCCAAGCUGAAAGAUAAAACUAAUUUUAAUUAGUUUAAAGCAGAUAAUUUUGGGAGAAUUUAUUUUUUUUUAAUUUUUAACAACCUUUAACACAUAACAUAACUUUUUGCACGCAUAAAGUGUCCAACAUAGUCUAAAAAUUCUAACAAAUUCAUUCUUUCUUUUUCAUAUCUAUGUUUCGAAUCUUUCUGUUGAUAUCAGUGUAUUUAUUUGGUUGUCGCUGGUCACUUGAAUACUGCAAUAACUGAAUUUCAAUCGUCUUUUGCUCUUCUUGCAAAAAUGUCAUUACUUCAAAAAUAUUAGAAUAAGCUUUUGCGAUCCCUCUUAAGAGUUGUUGGUUCAUCGCGUGGUUUGGUUGUGGUUCCAUUGUAUCUGUGUAAAUUGGCCUUCUAACCAUUGCGUAACCAUAUAGUCGGCCAGUUGUCUAUAUUUCUCAUUUCUCAUUAAUUUGGGAAAUUUCGUAUUCCUGGCUCUAUAUACAGUACUCUUCUUGGAGUAAAAGGUUGGCAUGAUGGCGAUGGUGGCUAUAUUAUCUUCUGUCCAUUCACCAUUCCGUUUACCGUGUAUUUCUUCUUGAUAAAGCUGCGUAAUCGGAGUUGUCGUAGACUGGACCUUUUCCUUUAAGGGUUGCAUCAUUACGGUAAUCUAUAAAAUAAGAUUUAUUUUUUAAUAAUAAUGUAUAAAUAGUAGAAUAUAAAAUUAGAAGCUUACAGGUGAAAUUACAAGAAAUUGAGAAUUGAAGUGCAAUUUUAAAGAUGGUAGAUGCUGUAGCCCUACAUUCCUUGCUUUUUUCACAGCACUGCCAUAUCACUAAGUCGUUAUUCUUUCUCUUAUUCAGUCUAUACUUAAAAUCAGCAACACAUAUAUGUAUCUGCCACCUUUUGCUGUAGGAAUAAACUUAGUCUGUAACUGUGCAUUAGCCAUCGUAGAAAGAAAUGAAUAUGAAAUGUCUUGUUGUUUAUUAAAGAUUUAACUUCCAAUACAAUGAAUAUGAUAUUAUGGACAUAUUGAUUUAAUUAAAUUAUUUACACUUGAAAAUUGUUAAGAAAUGUCUUGGAAUGAUUUACGUAUUUAUACUUAUUAUGAGAAAUAAUCACAAUAAACUGAAUUUCGAUCACCUGUCCGCUUUAUGUAGCCUAUUUUUUUAUUUAUUAAUGAGUGAGUUGAAUUAUGACAAAAUUCAAGUCCAUGUAAUAUAAGUGAACUAUAUUCAUUUUAUUAAUUAUAGAGAGAGUUGAAUUCUGAUAAAAAUCAAAAUUUAAGUGAACUGUAUUAAUAAUGACUGGUCCCUGCCUCAUUAACGCUUUUAAUCCGUUUUUAACCCAUGAAAGAGUGCCGCAGUCGACUUUCCAAAUUCUGGUGAGUCGGCGAUAUGGGAAGACCCCAUUCCGGUUCAUUCCCACGAAGGCGCAGUUUUUCACCGUAACGGAUUAAAGCAGGUCGUUUUCGAGGUUUAACCUCGCUUUCCCCACAUUUGAGUGUUUUGAUAAAGGAUCAGGAGGUUAGUAGACCGUGGGUGUAGGACUGGGGUGUUCUCAUCCAGCUCAAAAUAUUGAUUAAGGGGAUUAAGGGUUUACGGCUGGGGGAUUAUGGUCUGUAGCUGAAAUGUCUUCACCUAAUUAGAUAUGGAUUAACCGUUUAAUAAGUGUCAUGUGAACUGUGUUUAAUAAGUGUCCUGUGAACUGUGUUUAAUGAGUGAUUUUUUACAAAGUAAUGAAUCAAUUUGGUUCAAUUAAAACCUAGAAGAGAGACUUCAAGCAUUGAAAGAUCAGUUCCGAAAUGGUCAAAGAGACAUCAUGCUUUAUGUAGAUGCGGUAUCUCAUCUUGUCCAUUUAGAGUAAAAAGUAUGAAAUGUUUACUUGUCCAUAUGAAAUAUAUAUUUUUAAUGUUGAUGCUCAUUUCAUAGUGCUAUUUAGUUAUUUAUUUUUUAUAUUAAGUUUUUCCAUUUACAUUAAAAGUAUUAAAAUAAACAUGUUUUACUAUAAUAAAUGUUGAAUAAAACAUUAUCAAGUGAUUUUGUUUUACUAUUAGGUUUAACCUAAUGAAAUAACAGUGCCCAAUGUGAAACAGACUACAGCUAAUCCUUCUUUAGAAAUUCCAAUUAACACCUUAGUCACGCUAACAUGAUUAUUUAAGUUUUGAGCUGGGUGAGAAUGAACCGUAGGACUAUAGUCUGUUUUAAUUAAUUAGUAUGACUGGUGUAAAUUUCUCACUCUAAUUAAUAUUACUGGUGAACACUUCCCACUAUCAGUAGAUUGGGCAAAUUAGUGAAAUCAGUUUACUAAUAAAUUUACAUUGUGAGCUGUUUUGAUGUAAUAAUUAAUUUGAAAUAAAACCAAUAAACUACUGAUAUUUAAUCACAGCUUGUCAGUUGAUAUAUAUAGCUCAUCUGAAUCACAUGGCUAUUCCAAAAUGGCGAACGCUCUGGUUAACGUUGAGAGACAGAGGCUAGACGUGUUUUUGUUAGAGGUCUACUAAAGUAAAGAUAUAUAUAGUGUUUUCAAAUAUAUCAUCUGAAACAAUGUAUAGAGUUUUACAUAUGAACUAAAAUGUGAUAAAUAUCAAAACGAAUCUGGCGUCCUGUGAAGGAUCGAUAGAGGAUAAUUGAAGUUUGUGUUGCUUACAAUAACCGAGAGCUGAAGAGCCAAUAUGGCGGCCAAGAAGAACAAUAGUGAUAACUUGGUCGUGACUCUUCUCUAAACUGUACUAUAGUGUAUAUUUGCGUCGUAUAUAAAAGUGAAAUAAAAAAAAAAAAAAAAAAAAAAAAAAUUAUAAACAAAACUAUAUAAACAAAAGCCAUGCAAAAUAUAAGGGCUACAAAAACAACUGUGGGACCUGAAGGUGUUAGUGUGACAAAUGAACUCAAUAGAGAGAAUACAAUACUUAUAUCUCCAGUAUGUGGUGAGACAAAAUUGUCAUCAGUUGAACUUGUAACAUUUAUCCUAGCCCAUGAUAAUUUUGAUAUAAAAUAUAUUAAAUGUCUUCAGAAUAUAGGAAAUGGGAAUUUCUAUCUGACAGUUGACUCUCAACAAUCUAAAGAUAUCUUUGUUGGACUCUUUGAAUCAUUUACCAUCAAUGAUCUGGAAUAUGAGUCGAAAGGCACCAUCAAAGCUAUCUGGGAAUACCCAGUAGACUCUAUCCCGAUAGUUAUCUAUAAUCUAUUCUAUGAAAUAGAUAAUAAGGACAUUGCACGAAAAAUAUCAAACUAUGCCGAUGUCAUCAGAUGUGAGAGGCCAUGCUACAAAAAUUUUCCAACAAUAGAAAGUGGGGUGAGAAUCAUUCAUGUCAAACGCGUGUUCAAGCCUAUCCCAUCCCAUAUUUUCAUAAAAGGCCUGCGAGUAGGCGUUAAAUACGAAGGGCAGAUCAGAUAUAAUAAGACUUGUUUCAACUGCGGAGAACAGGGUCACCUAGGAAGGGAUUGUCCCUUGCCUGACAAACGUACAAAUAAAUCUAACUUCUCACCCAUCCCAGAGGAUUUUCCACCCCUGCAAUCCUCUCCAUCUACAGAGCUACCUAUAACUCCUGAUCCAUACAGAAAUAUAGAUGAGCUACCUAUAACUCCCAAAAUGGAUCUAAAUCUGAAAUACUCUCCUCAGGAGAAUUCUACAACAGAAAAUGAUGAAACAGAGUUGAAACAAACCCACUCUGACACAUUUGAUCCAAAUAAUGAUGUGAAUAAAGACGACCAUAAAAUUAUUGAUACAUUAAUGGAUUUUAAUAUAAACAAAAAUGAUGUUGCAGUCAAAGAAGCACAGGAAACUGAGUGUACCAGUGCAGACUAUGUUAAAAUCCAAGAUAGCAAAAAUACAAAGAAAAGGAAUAUCAGCAAUAAUGAAGAUGUAACGGAUAAAAAACUAAGAAUGAAAAGUCCAAUAGUUGAGGUCUUUAACAGACUGACUAGAAAAAACUGAUAUAAUAACUAAAAAGUGUUUUGGACUCAAUUGUGAAAUCAUAUUAACUGAAUAAGUUUAUAUAUAACAAUAC